AUCCACAUUGUGUGGUGUGUGGUUGUGAUAUAAGGACAGCGAUAUAAGGAAAGACGUUGGUCCUGUUUUACCAUGGCUUCCAGAGACAACUGGGAAUGCAGAGCCUGCAACGGCAUCAACGGUGAACGCGAUUCCACCUGUGUUUCGUGUAGUCAACAAAGAUUUAGCGGUGGUCGUUAUCAGCACCGAAAUUCGUCAUCCAGCAGGCGGGGCGGAAGUGGGUUGACGUACGAUUGGGACAGUCUACCUGGGAGACCGACGUCAGCUGGAGGGUCAGAUGAUCCUCGGAGGAGGAGGUGCGGAACCAGAUAUGAAGACCAGGCUGGACGCCAAUGGAAAUGUACUGAAUGUACGUACUAUAACAACCAUACGUCCUACAAGUGUAAGAUCUGUAACAAGUCCACACGACCAGGAGAGCCGCAGGUGUGUCCCCCGGGACCAGCACGUACGGACAGGAACAGAUACCAGAAAAGGACUCCUUCACCACCCGACAGACAAAUACCACCUUAUGACAGAAAACAUGACAAGCACUCGGCACACGAUCCCGGGUAUGACAGUCGCAGGACACCAGAUGACGGCAGACGAGGCAUAAGGUCCAGGACCAGUGGUACUCCAACACGGGACUCACAAAAUGACUCGGCUUCAGGUCCAAGAUCAAGAAACGGUCGCAAACCUGUUUGGGAGGAUUGUGUGAAUAGCAAAGAGCGGCGACUGGUUCUAUUAGGCAAAACCGGAAGUGGAAAAAGCGCUACCGGUAACAGUAUUUUGAGCGGCGAUUAUUUUCACUCAAAAGUUUCCGGAGUAUCCAUCACCCGUUCUUGUCGGCGGGGCGUGGUCCAGAGGAAUGGUAAGGAGAUUCACGUGGUUGACACCCCGGGUAUAUUCGACACUGAUGUGGACAAUGAUACUACGACCAAAGAGAUCGUCAAGUGUAUCGGGGUUACGGCUCCGGGACCUCACGCCUUUAUCCUUGUCCUCCGUAUUGGACGUUUUACGAAGGAGGAGCAUGAAUCGGUGGAACAUUUCAUGAAAAGUUUUGGUAAAUCGGUUGAGAAAUAUAUGAUAGUCUUGUUUACAAGAAUGGACGACCUGCAUGACGAACACAUGUCACUUGACGACCACCUUAGCGGAAUUCCGCCGAGACUCGCCAGCAUCCUGAGUCGUUGUGGCGGACGGUGUGUCGGAUUCAACAAUAAAGGAACCUCACGAGAGAUGUCACGCCAGGUCGACGAACUGAUGGAAAUAGUCGAAGAUCUGUUUGAGGCCAACCGUGGUCGCUAUUAUACAAACGACCUGUACAUGGAGGCAGAGAACGUCAUCAGGAUAAGAGAAGCUGAGAUAAGAAGUGUAGCAGAGGAACAGAAACGUCGCGAUAUUGAAGAGGUCGAGGGCGAAAAUGAGAGGUACUACAAACAACUGCGUAAGAAAUAUGAGAAACAGCAACAUGAUUUAGAGAUGAAAUUAAAGGAGGCAGAAUCCGGAGGAGGUCACAGUGUUAGAGACAGGCGACUACGAACAGCGGAAAUCGAUAAAGACAUUAAAUCAAUCCGUGCACAGAUUGAUCAGGAUCAGCGCGCUGGUCGUAAGGUAAGCCAACAACUUAAAAAUGAUUUAUCCGACUUGGAGAAGAAGCGCAACGGAAUCGUCAAGACGGAUGGUACAGUGAGACAGAUGCAGGGUGACAUAGAAUCACUGCGUCAUCAGCUUAAUGAUAUGAAAAGGAAGGUGUCCAGUGCGAAACGUGAACAGGAUGACAACAAGGAAAAGCGACUGAAGGAACUCGAGAAAAAAUACGCUGCCUCGGAGAAUUCGACACGGGAGGUUGUGCGAAAAGAAGUUGAAAACGGGAAAACAAACAUCGGAGAUCAGCUGUUGGGCACAGUGAUUGGUUUGGGAAAGGCGAUCUGGAAAGGUCUCACAAAACUCUUCUAAACAUGUCUCAGUGUUUGUUUAAACAUACAUAAUGUAUAUAAUACCCGGGCAUACACUCAAGUGGUGGGCAAACUUUCUCAAAAUCACACAUACGAUUGGACCAACUGCCAAACAUGGAUAAGGACGGAGGAAUCCCGAAAAGAACACCUGUCCUACGUGAGUAGGGAUGGUAGUCUCCCACAAUGAACACCUGUCCUACAUGAGAAAGGACGGAAAAGUCCCGAAUAGAACACCUGCCCUUUAUGAGUAGGGACGGAAGUGUUCCACAUUGGGCACUGUCCUAUAUGAGGGACGGAAGUCUCCCACAUUGAAAACUACAUGAGUAUGGACGAAAUAGUCCUAAAUACAACACCUGUCCUACCGUCCUAUAUGAUUCGGGAUGGAAGUUAACCACAUUGAACAGUGUCCUACAUAAUUCGGGACGGAAGUCUCUCCCAUAUUGAACACUGUCCUAUAUGAGUAAGUACGGAAUAACCCUGACUACAACACCCGUCCUACUGUCCUAUAUGAUUCGGGACGGAAGUUAACCAGAUUGAACACUGUCAUACGUGAUUCAGGACGGGGCGGAUGUCUACCACAUUUACCACUGUCCUGUAUGAUUCGAGACGGAAGUUUACCACAUUUACCACUGUCAUACGUGAUUCAGGACGGGGCGGAUGUCUACCACAUUUACCACUGUCCUGUAUGAUUCGAGACGGAAGUCUACUACAUUUACCACUGUCCUGUAUGAUUCGGGACGGAAGUCUACCACAUUUACCACUGCCAUACGUGAUUCGGGACGGAAGUUAACCACAUUGAACACUGUCAUACGUGAUUCGGGACGGGACGGAAGUCUACCACAUUUACCACUGUCCUGUAUGAUUCGGGACCCUUACCACUGUCAUAUACGAGUGGUGAUGAAAGUGCCAAGUGCGGAACUUAGAUUUCCUAUAUAUGUAGAGGCGGUGCAAUUUUGUACAGUUACAUGAAUUUUCUUGAAUUUUUUAACUCUAAAAGUAAAAUGUGCUUUUAAAAAAGCCUUUUUUAAAAGUUUAUUUUAUCAUUGCAACCUGUACGGAUGGAUGGUCGAAUCAUGCCGGUUGACAUUGACUGUUCUGAUACGGUCAUUUCUGUCACCAGGUGAGAAUUCCCCUUUUGGACUUCUAUAUCCUCAGUCCGUUGGUACACAGACUGGGUUAUUUUGUAUUGUUGAUCUAAGACUUAAUUACAAGCUAGGGCGAUGUGUAAUUUCACUCGUAUGUAGACUUCCUCUUCCUGAUAAUAUAUUUUCAAAAAUAGACAUAAAACAUUUCUCUAAU